AUGUGUGAAAGUCUCCAUUGUCAUUCGAAACUAAAGAACGUGGCUACCACGUGUACCAUCGGGAAAAAUGAUCAUAUGCCAUGCACGGUGUGUAUAUAUAAGAGCAUACACGCCUCUUGGAAAGCUGUAAUAGCACCUUUCCCAUGGACAAGAAGCGAACUAGCACUCUGGAACUACAUUAUGGGUAAGAAAACAGGAAUCGGAGGUCCUAUCAAACAAAUCGAUGCUUCUUUGCACGAACCAAUCAACAAAGAUGCGCCUCCUACCAUUUACGGGUCGCACUUGACUCCAGAAUUGGCAAACGCAUCUCUCAACCUAAGUGCUGAUUUUUUGAAGCAACAGCAGUCGUUGGCGAACAAAUAUGUUAUUUGGCAUCCUAGAACGCUAGGAUUUUCGUUGUUUUGUACGCUGGCUUAUCUGGUCCCAAACGCGGUGCUGCCAAAAAACACUAAAAGUGCCAGUGGCUUUAUCAUUCAAUUCGUGCUGAUGAACCAAACUGCACUGUUGACAGCAAGCAUAGUUUUGCUGAUGACUACAUCUUUCGCUUUCACUCUGCUGUCCAAAGUCACAGAAAAAGUGUUCCAAGCCAAAGUGGACGCAAUUGUUGAAACAGAAGGAAACUUGGUGUUCGGCUGUAAACUCGAACAACUGGCAAAUGGCACCAUCAAACCAACUGAGAAGCUUAAAAACACCCAAAUUAUUGUCUACAGAGACACGCCAAUCGCGCUGGCUAGCAUUUUGGAGAAUGAGGCCGUGUCAAAUGCAGACUCGCUGGUUAUGGGUAUUUCAUCCAUUGGGACUCGUAGGGUUUACGUUAAAAGUGGUAUUAUCGAAGACUUGCUUGACUGGGCGUUGCUUCGCACCAAGAACAUUCAGAUUGGCAGCCAGAAAUUCAAGUCUGACAGAUCCAUGAAGCUUCUGGUGGACGUUUACUCUUUUGAUCAAGUCAUGAAGGACACACUUGUCAAAAAAGGUUUUACUUUGAUUAAGAGCCAUAAACUUCCUGAAUCGAGAUUGCUGAGCGGAAUUUUUGGCAUGAGACAGGAGUUGUGGGGAGUUCAAUUUCGUUACGAUUCCAAGAAAGAGAAAUAA